CCUCGGUCCUCGUUAAUGUAUUUGUAAAAACACUCUUUAUUUACCCCAUUCAGAAUGGGCCAGAUCAAGGUCUGACUGAGCUUUCUCCUCUCUACUUUUCUCUCUGCAUUACCUAAGGACAUUCUCCAACUCUUCCUGAGCUGCCUGCCCUUUUCCAAAGUGAGACAACCUAUUUUAUUCCCUGAGUUCCUGGGAAUGCUCCCUUUGCAGCCAGGCAGGUCUUCUCCUCCACCUCCUCAUCUUUUGGCACCCAGGGCCAGGCUGCUCCUGUGCCUUCAAGGUUUCCUUCUUAAGUACAUCCAGUCUUCCGGGGCCCCUUUCUUUUCAAGGGCUGCUUCCCAAGGGAUGUUCCAAACCAAGGGAUGUGCCAAACCGGCACCGCGCUCGCCUCCGCUCCGUUCCGUGCCCGGAGUCGGCGAGAGCCCGAGCAGCGGCGGCGCAGGGCUCCGGGCCGGGGCGGAGCUGGCGGCGUUGGGAGGAGGCGGCACGGCCGCAGCAGAGCCGGGGCUGAGGGGCACAGCGAGGCUCGGCCGGCGGAGCGGCGGCAUGCGGCGGUGUCGGGGCGCGGGGCUGGCGGCGCUGGCCGCGGUGCUGCUGCUCGUGGCUGUGGCCAGAGCGCAGGUACAGCAGGAGCCGUCAUUGGAGACCACCGAGGGUACCGGCAUCAACAUCACCUGCUCGCAUCCCAAAAUCCAGACCAGCGAAACCAUCUACUGGUACCGACAGCUCCCGGGCCAGGGACCUGAAUACCUCGCGAGCGUUCACAAAGACUCCAAAAAGCUGCCGGGCAUUGCAGGAGAGCUGUGGGUGUCGGCAGACCGGCGCUGGAGCGCGCUGCGGCUCGGUGGGCCCCGGCGCGGGGACGCGGCCGUGUAUUACUGCGCGCUGGGCCCACGGGCAGAGGAGCCGGGGCUGCGGCCGGGCACGAACCGCCGCGGGCGGGGCCGGGCGGGGCCAGCAGGAGGCGCUGCCGCUCCGCCCGCCGGGGCCGCCUCGCCCCGCUCGGCCCGGGACCCCGGGGCGCUGCCGGCACCGGCACCGGUCAUGUCAUGA